UGCAAUGCGACUGUCAGUCUGUGUAGAGCAAGAAAAUGGCGUAGAUGACGGAAAAUCGUUUUUAGAGAUUAUUGUAUAGAUUACUUAAACAACCACAUAUUGCAGUGUAGUGAAAAUCAUAAUAAUAUCAAGGAAACAUGUUUCCAAAUGGCAACGCUAAUGCAGACCUGGACUUCAACAAGCACAAUCAAUAUAUAGCGCAACCACCGCAUUUUCUGCCUGCGCUUGGAACACCAAUUACAAUGCCUUGCCAGGGUCCCGGUCCUAGUACUGGGGUUGCAGUUGGAGUUAGAUCAGCUGCUCCUGUUAUGCCACUGAACAUGCAGGGCUGCAUUGACUGGGCCCAAUUGGCCCAGCAAUGGAUACAUAUGCGGGACUCGACUCCUGCACCGCCUCCUCUAGCUAAUUUUAGCAUUAACAUGGCGAUUGCACCUCCUCCACCGAUCAUAAGCAAUGUCCCUGAAUACCACCAUCACAACCACUUAGAACUACGACAGCCUCAUCAUCAACAUCAGCAGCAACAGCCUAAAGCGCAAGCACGCUACGUGGAGCAUGGCGAAGCGGAAAUGGAUAUGGAUAUGGAUGAAGAAGAAAAUGUAAGUAGUGGACGGGCAGUUAAUGGUGUAGGAACUCUGCCCCCUCCUCCGCCACCUUCCCUGGCCACACCAUCUCAGUGGAUUGAUAGGAACUCGGCCGAUGUGCCUAUAACAGUUGCACCAAGUGAUACAGGCGGAGCUGGCACUCAACAAUGGACUACAUGGCAAUCGUCUCGAGGCAAUUCCACAUCUCAUAUUCCAUCGCUAUUGAAGCUUAAUGUCUGCAAUCCAAAUGAGCCUCACCAUUUUAUGCAAACACAACAAACACAGCAGAGUAGUGAUAAUAGUGGAAGCGAUAUCGACGCUAAUAAGCGUAAAAUGUUGCCUGCAUGGAUUCGUGAGGGCCUCGAGAAAAUGGAGCGCGAAAAGCAACGUCAUCAGGAGCGGCAGCUGCCCGCAACUCCGGAAAAUGAGUCGUCGGUUAUCAAUGUUAAGCAAGUAUCAAGCAAAACACUAACAACACCUGUUAAUCUAUUAAACGUGGCCAGCGACAGUGAAGAUUCAAUUGCUGCUCCUGAGGAGGCAAUGGCUCAACUAAUAGGUAAUGAUGUAUUAUUUAAGACCAAUAACGGAAGUGAUGAAGAGAAAGACAAUGAGGAAAAGGAUGAGAAGCUGCCACAGUCAUUACAGCACGAUGCAGGCGACCAUCAACAUAAUGCAACGACAGUAACAAGGGCAGCCAAUGCUGAAGCUGCAUUAAGUGGUAAAAACUACGAAGAAAGACUUGCAGAUUUGAUGCUUGUUGUGCGUCGCACACUUACCGAAAUACUGCUGGAAACAACCAAUGAAGAGAUUGCGGCUAUUGCAACUGAAACAAUCAAAGCGCAUCGCGCGAAAGCGUCAUCAGCCCAAGUGAUUCGCAAAAGCGCCUUGUCCUCAAUUACCGGCAACUUGGGUUUAGCUGCUUACGGAGAUUCUUCAAGCGACAGCGAUGAGGACGAUAAUUCUGACGAUGAUGGUGGUCACGUCGAACACGGGUUUGACUCAGCCACCAAAGAAGUUAGCAAAAGCACCGAGUUAACCGCGGACGAGCUAAAGGCAAGAAUACGCAAAAGUAAGCGUGCAUUUGAAAAGGUCAUUGAUGACAUCGAGGAGCGUGUGUCGCUGCAGGAACAAAUAGAUGAACAAAAGUUACAAUAUCAUCGCAAGUUAGAAUUGGAGCGCGCUGAGGCUGACAGUGAGCAGCGACCUUCAAUCAGUAGGGCAGAGUCACCAAAAGGCGAAUUCAAAACAAAUUCAACAAAAUCGACGACGGUUUCACAUGAAAAGUCGCAUCACUUAAAUAAUACAGGUAAGCGACUCAGUCGCAAGGAAAGAACGACGCGUUUCAGCGACAAUAAGGACGGCAAACAGGCUCCAAGCUAUGCUAGCCAAGUGGCAACAGUUAUUGCCUCAGCGCAGAGCACUAUAGCAGCUCAUAAGCUGCGUCCUGUACCCAAUCCGGCUACCAAUUUGUUGCAGAUUCCCGAAUCAAUGGCCAGCAUGCUUAGUGCUGCAGACAAGGCACUCGAUAAAGCACACAAAACCACAAAGAAGUCGAAGGCCAGACGUCAGUCGUCAUCAUCAUCAUCUUCCUCCAGCAGCAGCGGUGGCAGUACCAGUAAUAGUUCAAGCGGUGACAGUAGCACGAGUAGUAGCAAUAGUACCAAAUCGUCCAGUAAUACAGAUGUCAGCGCUUCUGCUAAAAAGCACGGCUGCAGCAGUCGGCGACGAAGCAGAGAUAACAGCAAACGCAAACAACGAAGCGAUGCGAGUCACAAAACUCGCAGCAGCAGUAUUCGAUACUCUUAUAGUCGACAUCAUAACACUCGUGAAAACGAACGUAAUCGCGAGCGAGAUCGCGAUCGCGAAAGAGACCGCGAUCGACAUUAUAAUCAACGACGUCAUCGUCGACAACGGAAUUCGAGCAAUUCUGGGGAAGAGGAUGGCAGCGACUAUCGACGCAGUUCUCGACACAGUAGUAGUCGUAGCCACCACAGCAGCAGCUAUGGCAAGCAUCGGGAGAGAACCCGAUCGCGCUCCAAAUCACGCAGCACACACAUUUCCCACUCGUCCGCCUCCUCAUUAAAUUCACACCAACAGCGUAAACGCCAUUAAAAUUAUUACAUUUAUGUAGUCUUCUAUUUACGAUUAAUCAGUUUUAGUACUGACUCGAAAAUAUAUAAAUUUACAACAAAUAGUGUAUGUAAUAAUGUAUUCAAUGAAUGGCGGACUAUUAGUUUCCCCUAAGCAAGGUCUGCGACAAUAGAGAAAUCGUGAAUUAUACAAAAGAUUUGGGCGAUGCGUGUUGAUUCAGUUAUAUUAGACUUGGCACACAUGCUUAUUUAUUAAAUAUUUUGAAGAACAUACACAUAUUAAUAUUUAUUUAGUUAGUAGCGAGCAUAUUAAAUUACAAGAAAAACUUUCGGUUAUUAUGUUAGAUGCUGGAGAAAUGACCAAUAU